AUGGAUUCACCUACUACUCCCAAGCCCAAAAUUGGGCAAGCUGCGCAAGCAGGAUACCGAGAGAUCUGGCAUCCAAAAACCAGGAGUGCUGGGCUAGGCUGGAUGGAGCGACCCGAGGUCAGGUAUCUCUACAUGUAUUUUGACAUCCGCGACUUUGUUCUCCAAAGUAUGAGUGCCACCGCUGAAGAAGUGACUUUCCUUGUCCUUCGUCGUCUGGUUCCUGAACGGGCGGGAGAGGUGGAUCGGAAACUUUCCUACCCGUCUAUGAAGGAAUUGAACAGUCCUCCGCCUGAAGGGUUCCAGCGUAUCUCUAUGAGGUAUCUGAUGACUGAUAUUCCUCAAGAACUUGAGACCAGCAGAGAGGAUAUUAUUCCAGCGCUUCGACGGAUCAGAGAACAUUUGAAAAAGCUUAAGAAGGUUCCGGGACCAUUCCGCCCAUUCGAGCUCAUGGAUCCAGACUUGUUUCGUCAGACGGUGUGGUUGAAGUUCGACUUUCUUUCACCUCAGCGUGAAUCGAGUCCCAAUCUUGAACCGGAUGCCGCUGAUUCGCUUACGAAUAGCUAUUCAGAUUUGUCGGAGGUACCUAAUUUUGAACUUUCUGAUUGCAGUUCGUUUCAAGGACAUGAUGAAGAGCUAUUCCGCCCGAAGGACAGGAUGAAGAGCUUUUCCGCCCGAGAAGCGGAGCUCCUAUUGCAGAAACCGAGAUCCUUUUAA